UUCAACUUGGCACUCUAUUUUACCAAAGCACUUCCCCAGCCUGGUUCCGAACUGUGUCCAAAUCAUGUUCCCGAACUUGAAGAGCGCCCGCCGGCGCUGCCAUCAACAUGGCGGGGAUGGAAGAGCCCAUAGCAAGCCCGGCGACUUUCUACAUCGCCGACGACUCCGACUGGAUGGGCCCGCGGGAGAAGAGGCCCUCAACAGUCGCCCAUUCACUUCCACUUGUCCGCGAGGAAUCCGCGAGACACGACCUUAACGAGAGACGGUCUCGUCUGUGGGAUAAUUUGUCGCUAAAUCAGUCGCUGAUUUGGUAUUUCGCCAUCUCACUGCUCUUCAGCCUGUUCUACUGUCUCUUCAUUUACUACGUCCUCAUCCGGAAGAACCCGCAAAUCGGUUCCGUGCUGCUCGAUGCCACAACAUCCAACUUGCUCAUCUCCAUCUUUUCCCAGAUCUUUGUCCUGCUGGCCGAAGCCUUGGUCAGCAACUUCCUGGAUACACUGAGGGGCGCCCUGGCCGGUAGGGAGGCGGGCACUACCGCGACAGCCUUCUUUGGCAUCAGCGCCGCGACCGGCUGGCUCUCGGUGUUUCGCCUCGUUCUGGUCAGCAGGUUCCGGGAUCUGUGGUGCAACUUUAGGCUUACGUUGCCCGUCCUAGGCUUGCUAUUCAGUUCCGUCCUAAAGUUCCAAGCCAACUUUGGCUAUUACUUCAUACCUAGCAAAGUCAGCAUUCCCGUUUACGCAGGGCUCGUUCCCAUCGAAAUCCUUCUCCUGCAAAACAUCCGGACAACAGACCUUUGGAUCUACUUCCAGUCCUUCACUAAUCUGUUGUUGGGGCAUCCCAACUACUCCGUCCCCUUUUCCGCCAAUGGAUGUACCGGUUCUUGCAAGUCGUUUCUGCUCCCCGGAGGCCUCGAGAUGGCCCGUCAGGUGGCGCCGGCCCUCAACUUGACGCUUUUCCACGGCGGUAUCUUCGACAACAAUGAAGCCAUCAGAGUCGAGGCUUCGCGGGGCAUUGUCCUGAGUUUUGAGAAGACAAGUCCCGAUUUCAUGUUUGACUGGGAAGAGGAGUGCAUAUACGCCGGCGAACAGAUCGACGACGGCGUUCAGCUUUGCGUACAGCAGUCGGGGGACUCGGUGAUUGCAGGAUGGACCUCGUGUACCCAGGAGAUCUGGGACAGAAAUAACGAUACCUACUCUACCGCCUGUUGGGACGACCUCAGCUGGACGCGCAAGCCCAUGGAGUGGACGACCAAGAUGACGGGGCACUAUCACUACGCUACGGCAACCUACGACCGUCUCAACGGCUCCCUGAUCGAUGUCCAACCCAUCGCGCCACCCCCUUCGGCCAACCAGACCCUGCUCGCCUCUCCCAUCCCGCUGUCGGCCCCCGACUACCGCACCCUGUACCGCAAACUGCUGGUACCCGUCAACGGCUCGUCGAACGCGCUCGAGAGGACCAAGAUCGACUCGUUCACGUACGACCUGAUCUGGCUGCACCGCACCUACCAGGUGUCGUUCCCUGACCAGGAGGACGCGCCGCUGUCGUACCUACAGAACUUCCUUGCCGUGCCCAUCCAGUUCGGCAUCGUUGCCAUGGAGUUUGCAAACUACACGCAGAAUCCCGAACUCCUCAAGGCCUUCUUUGGCCCCCAGGGCCUGCCGCUGCCCGACGACAUGAUCACGGUGGCGGUCGGCGGCCGCUCCACCUCCCGCCUGCUCAUCCAGGAGUGGACCGGCUGGGCCUUCAUCGCUGGCACCGUGGCCAUGCUGCUGCUGGCUGGCGGCGGGAUCUGGUGGCUGCUGAGCCGACCGACGCCCGUUCUGGGGAGCAGCGGGAUUCCCGAGCUCGAUAUUCUGCGGGCUGGCGGGUGGGAUGGGCCGGAUUCACACGGGCAACAGCGGAGAGGAAGUGGCGGCGGGCAGGGCUUUACGGAUAGGAGAGGGGAUGGGAGGAUGGUCGUGCAUCUUCCGGAGGGCGUGGCGGCGUUGACACGGCGCGAGACGACGUCUGGUUGGCGCAUGGCGUCGUCGCUCAGAGAUUGGGGGAUUGUAGCCGUGAAUCAGGGCAGGGACGAGGGUCCCACGCUUGUCGCGGUGCAGAAGGUCAAGGGGAAGAAGUCGACAAGAGACGUACAUGUGCCCUAGCAUGGUUACUGGGUAAUUUUAUAUACGAAUCAUGAUUGCAAUGGCACGACUCCACGCAGCUUAAACAGCGCCCUGGCCCCCACGCUUUUUGAACGUCAAUGGGCCUGGGUACAGCACUGGAACUCGGAAAACACGGCCAUGAAGCAUCCAGUUGGCUUCGCUUGUAUC